CUCUCUCUGUUUUCAAAUAAUAAAACGUACUGUCAUCUCUGCAAAACAAAAUCCCUAACUUGCUAAUUACUCUCUCUCUUUUCGCGAGAAGCUUUCACUUUUAACGGCAACAAAGUUUAAAUAAAAAUGGCAAGCACCGCGGCAACUAGCGAUCCAGAGCACACCAGCAACAAAGAAAGAGAAGAGGAAGAGAAUGCACCUGAUGAGGACACCGGUGCUCAGGUUGCUCCCAUUGUGAAGCUCGAAGAAGUCGCUGUUUCUACCGGCGAAGAAGAUGAGGAUUCUAUUCUCGAUCUGAAAGCAAAGCUGUACAGAUUUGAUAAGGAGGGGAAUCAGUGGAAAGAAAGAGGAGUUGGAAAUGUGAAGCUGUUGAAGCACAAAGAAUCUGGCAAAGUUCGCCUUGUUAUGCGUCAAUCUAAGACUCUCAAGAUCUGCGCUAAUCAUCUAGUGGUCGCUUCCUUGAAUGUACAAGAGCAUCAUGGAAAUGAUAAAUCAUGUGUUUGGCACGCCGCUGAUUUUGCUGAUGGAGAAUUGAAGGACGAGCUCUUUUGCAUCAGAUUUGCUUCUGUUGAAAAUUGCAAAACCUUCAUGGAGACGGUUCAAGAAGUGUCUGAAACUCAGGGAAAGAAAGAAGAAAGGAAGGAAGCAGAAGAUGCUGCUGGAUUACUUGAGAAAUUGAGUGUUGGGGAUAGUAAAACUGAGGAGAAAGAGAAGGAAGAGGUUCCUGUUGAAUCAAAAGAGGCUGAAGGUGAGAAAACAAAAGCAGAGGCAGGAAAGGAUGACCAACCUGCUUCAUCAGCAUAGACAUCAAAGAAUCUUGCUCUUCUGAGGCGGCAUUGCUGACUUGGUUUCGAGUGGUUACUUGAUUUCCCACAGUUUUGGGAUUACGUACACAAUUUUAUUGAUCGUGUUGGAACAGGUGGAUGGCUUUUGUUUGUGUUGGUCGGUUUGAGAUUGCAAUUUAUAAAUCAUGGGUCUUGGAUUCUGUUUCUUGGUAAAAAUCCUGGCAAUUAUAGUAUGGAUGGGUGCUUCUUAAACUUUUAUGGAUUCCCUUUUUCGCCUGGA